AUGCCCUCCAAAACCGUUCGUGUCGCGGUCACCCAGGCCGAGCCUGCCUGGCUGGACCUGGAGGAAGGGGUGUCCAAGACCUGCGAGCUGAUCGCCGAGGCCGCGCGAAACAAGGCCGUCCUGAUUGCCUUCCCCGAGUGUUGGAUUCCAGGGUAUCCGUGCUGGAUCUGGAGCCGACUGAUGGACGUGGAGAUGAACGUCCGAUACAUCAAGAACUCGCUCCGCCUGGACUCCCCCGAGAUGAGCCGGAUCCAACAAUGCGCCCGGACCCAUUCCAUCGCCGUGUCGCUAGGAUUCUCCGAGAACGCCGACAACUCGGUCUACAUCGCCCAGGUGCUGAUCGGACCGGACGGCGAGAUCAGGUCGCACCGCCGCAAGAUGAAGCCCACGCAUAUGGAGCGGACCAUCUUCGGCGACGCGUCGGGCGAAUGCUUCGCCAGCGUGGCGGAGCUGCCGUUUGCGCGAGUCGGCGCCCUGUCGUGCUGGGAACAUAUCCAGCCUCUGUUAAAAUUCCAGACGCUAUCGCAGGGAGAGGAUAUCCAUGUGUCCGCGUGGCCGAGCCUGACGCCGCAUUCGGGCGGGAGUGAUCUGUGGUCCAUGUCGGCGGAGGGAUGCCAAAGUCUGUCGCAGACCUACGCCAUCGAGUCCCAGACCUUCGUCAUGCACUGCACCGCGCUCAUCACGGAGAAAGGGGUGAAUGGGAUGAAGACAGCCGGGGGGGCACUGAUGUCGUCCCCCGGGGGAGGAUCCUCUGCGGUCUUUGGGCCCGAUGGCCGAAAGCUCACGGAGCCUGUCGACGCGACGACGGAGACAAUCAUCUACGCGGAUCUCGACAUGGACCAGAUUGUGGCUACGAAGAUGUUCGCGGAUGGGACGGGCCACUACAGCCGGCCUGAUCUGAUGCAGCUGAACGUGUGCAAGAAGGUCAAGAAGAUGGUCGUGUAUGAGGAGGAGAUGGAAGUGGCGGGCCAGGAGUAG